AUGGCCUCGCAGCUGGGACAGAUGGAACCUUUUGACGACUCGACCAGUGACUGGACGUCGUACGACGAGCGACUCUCAUCGUAUCUGAGGGCAAACAAGGUUCCAGCCGACAUUCAAGUCGACGUUUUCCAAGUCGAGAUGGACGAGGAAUCCAAAGCCUACCUGACCUUGAACACGUCCAAGGGCUUAUAUGUUAUUAACCGCUUGCCUUUUGGCAUUGCCUCAGCGCCGGCGAUCUUUCAGAAGAUCGUGGAUAAUAUUCUGAAGGGCCUUGACGGAGUUACUUGUUACAUCGAUGACAUCAUGGUCACUGGAAAGACUGAACAGGAGCACCUAAAGAAUUUGGAGGCGGUAUUGAGACGGUUAUCAGACAGAGGCAUCCGGGUAAAGAAAGAAAAAUGCGAGUUUUUCAAAGACAAGUUGCAGUACUUGGGACAUGUCAUUAGCGCGCACGGAAUUGAACCGGCAACUGACAAGCUAGAAGCCAUCGCAAAGGCUCCGCGUCCCACGGACAAGCAGCAAUUGCAUUCACUGUUGGGCUUGAUAAACUACUAUGGCAAGUUUGUUCCUAACCUGUCAAACGCCGUUUUACCCCUAAACAGAUUGCUGCGACUCGAUGUUCCCUGGGCCUGGAGUGACGAGUGCGAAGCAGCCUUCUCGCAUAUCAAGCAGCUGCUGUCGCAGCCACCGGUUCUCGCUCACUACGACCCCAGUGCGCCCCUGCAACUGUCGUGUGAUGCAUCAGCAUACGGUAUAGGAGCUGUCAUCUCUCAUGUGGAGCCAAAUGGACCUUUCAAGGGCGCCAUGUUCCUGGUUGUGGUCGACGCUCACUCCAAGUGGCCGGAGGUGUGCCAAAUGCGAGACACGUCCGCGGAAAACACAGUAAACCGUCUCCACGAAAUCUUCUGCAGGUUUGGUUACCCUGAAGUUGUGGUAUCUGACAAUGGACCGCAGUUCAUCUCGGCUGUGUUUUCAAACUACCUUAAGAGCAUUGGCACGCGCCAUGUAAGGACGUCAGCCUACCAUCCGAGCAGUAAUGGACAAGCUGAACGAUUUGUCCAAACUUUGAAAACGGCACUGCGGAAAAGUACAGCCGCGAGCUUAAGCACCACGUUGGGAGAGUUUUUAUUGUCUUACAGGAACACUCCACAUGCCACCACGGGCGAGGCGCCGGCCACUCUCCUGCUACAGCGUAGACUCCGCACCCGUCUAGAUGCCGUCAAGCCCUCGCUGCAGCAGAAGGUUUCGACGCGGCAGUUCGUCCAGACGGUGCGUCGCAAGCAGCGCGCGCGUGAAUUCGCUGUGGGUGAAAGUGUUCUUGUGCGAAAUUUCAGACGCGGUGCAAAGUGGUUGCCUGGGAUUGUGUUAGGGCGGACUGGACCUGUUUCAUACAGAGUUCGUGUGGAAACCGGUCGAGGUGUGUUUGCCUGGAAGCGCCACCAGAACCACAUAAUUCAAGCCAGGGAUAUGGACUUUCCGUACAUCCCUGAACAGCGAGACUACCCCGAGCAGCCGCGACCCGACAGCCCCGACCCGGUGCAGCCAGCUUCGUCUUCUCUUCCAGCCACGGCAGAGCGGCGUUAUCCUGCAAGGCAGCGGCGCCCUCGAGACCGCUAUGUGCCAUGA